UCCAUUUACCAAACCUUCUUCAGAGAAUAAGGCCAUGCCAUUCAAAGAAAAAACCCUAAACCCUAAAAUCAGACACUAUAAAGUGAGGUCGCGUUGAGCGGCAAAAGCUCGGUGUUCGCCUCCCUCCCAUCUGUUUGCAGCUCAAGCCUACUUCUUUUCUCUCUACUUUCUUCUAAGUCUUAGCGGCAGAAGCAGAGAUGGCUCCCCCAAGAGGACGAGGUGGCAGUGGUGGUGGGUUCAGGGGAGGCAGAGGUGAUGGAGGAGGAAGAGGCAGAGGCAGAGGUUUUGGAGGAGGAAGAGGAGGUGGGGGUGGAAGGGGUAGUGCCAUGAAAACCAGAGGUGGUGGGGGAAGAGGCCGUGGUGGUGGAAGAGGCCGUGGGGGUGGAGGAAUGAAAGGUGGGAGCAAGGUUGUAGUGGAGCCUCAUAGACAUGAAGGGGUGUUCAUUGCUAAGGGUAAAGAAGAUGCUCUUGUUACUAAGAAUAUGGUUCCUGGUGAAACUGUCUACAAUGAGAAGAAGAUCUCUGUCCAGAAUGAAGAUGGAACUAAAGUUGAAUACAGGGUUUGGAACCCCUUCCGAUCAAAAUUGGCUUCUGCCAUUCUUGGUGGUGUUGAUGAUGUUUGGAUCAAACCUGGCGCUAAAGUUCUUUACCUGGGUGCUGCUUCUGGCACUACUGUUUCUCAUGUAUCUGAUAUUGUUGGCCCUACUGGAGUGGUAUAUGCAGUAGAAUUUUCUCACAGAAGUGGCAGAGACUUAGUUAACAUGGCAAAGAAACGCACCAAUGUAAUUCCCAUCAUUGAAGAUGCCAGGCAUCCUGCCAAGUACCGCAUGCUAGUUGGCAUGGUUGAUGUGAUCUUUUCUGAUGUUGCUCAGCCUGAUCAGGCAAGGAUUUUAGCACUCAAUGCUUCCUAUUUUCUGAAGUCUGGGGGUCAUUUUGUUAUUUCAAUAAAGGCAAAUUGCAUAGAUUCCACUGUCCCUGCCGAGGCAGUAUUUGAAAGUGAAGUGAAAAAGAUGGUGCAGGAGCAGUUGAAGCCUACUGAACAGGUGACCCUCGAGCCGUUUGAGCGAGACCAUGCCUGUGUGGUUGGUGGCUACCGUAUGCCAAAGAAACAGAAAGUUGCUGCUUAGGGAUUUAGGCUGUAUUGUUUCGCAUUGCUCUUUAGGAAUUAGAGGGGACAAGAAAGCAAAUGUGAAGUUUUGAGGGUAUUUUUCUCUAUUCAUCUUUGUUUGUAACGAAUUGAUAUCGAAUUUAAGUGAAACUGAGUAGCAGUGUUUGAUGGUGAAGUAAGGAAAUGAACAGUACACAUCUCUUUAUCUUAGUUCGAGCGCCUUCACGUGGCGACGCUUUAUUUU